GGAGGAACUAAGAGUGAACAGGCGGAACCACAGUGCGGAGGGCGGCAAAGAGGAGGGAAAUUUAAAAAGUCCGGACGCUCUGCUGGGGACUGUUAACUAGUAUCUUAAAAGUAUUUUUUUUAACUUAUAUAAGUAGACUGGGCGCGUUAAAGAUAAACGCAUGAUUAGUUUAGAAACAUCAAUCUUCCACUGUGGGGCAAAAUGGAGACGUAUCACGAUCAGGGCCAGGUUGUGGGGGCAGCAGUCUGAGAAGCCCAGAUCUCCCUCUCUCCAGUCACCUCCUCCAGUUCACCUAAUGCUCUCCCAGGCCAGCUGAGAGAUGUAAUCUCUCCAGCCUGUCCUGGUUCUACCCCAGGGCCUCUUUCUGGUAGGGCAUGCCCGGAAAAUCUCAUCCAGGAGGCAUCCUGAACCACCCCAACUGGUUCUUUUUGAUGUGGAGGAGGCUUUACUCUGCAUUUACCUCCUGAAAGAUUGAACUCUUCCGCCUAACUCUAAGGGAGAGGCCAGCCACCCUUUGGAGACAGCUUAUUCCACUGCUUGUAUUUGUGAUCUUGUUCUUUUGGUGACUGAUGACCCUCCUGUAUUCCUCAUCAUUCCUGUCUGAUACGCAUCCUAUGAUGGCCAUAUCAUCUGAGAACUUAUGUAGGUGGCAAUGGUAUGAGUUGUACCUGAAGUCUGAAGUGUACAGACUGAACAGAAAGGGUGAGAGGAUCGUGCCCUGCGUCGCCCCUGUGCUGCAGACUACCACAUCAGACACACAGUUGUGGAGCCUCACAUACUCUGGUCUGUUGGUGAGGUAGUUUAUGGUCCAUGCAGUCAGCUGCCUGUCCACUCCAGCUUCCCUCUCAGCAGUGCUGACUUCUCACCUGAUCAGCUGUGAGCUUUUAGAUUCCCCCUCCAAGAACAGUUACAUUGGGAGCUACUACCAGCCACCAGACAGGAUACUGCAACCUUCAAGAGAGCUGGAGCCCCCUGCUCACUCUUCUGUCAGCAUGGGCACACAGAUGGCUAGUGGCCCGGUUUCCCAGAGCAGACCAAAUAUUGACAGCAAAGCUGUGGUUGAUGCACUGAAGACCCUCCAGGAGAAAAUUAGGCGGCUGGAGCUGGAAAGGACGCAAGCAGAGAAGAGCUACCAGCAGUUCUCCCAUGAUGCUCAGAAGCAUCAGCAAGUUAUAACAUCACACAGUCAGGCAGCAGGUAGCCUCCCUGGGACUGAUAACUCUGCCAGGAGAGAACUGGGCUCAAAACUGCAGUCUGCAGAGGCUCGCUGUAAGGUUCUCGAGAAGCAGCUGGACUACAUGAGGAAAAUGGUUGAAAAUGCCAAAAAGGAGAGGAACGCUCUGAUGGAAAAUCAGGCUUCUCUGCAGAACGAGCAAACAAGCAGCUCAAACAGCCAAAUUCAGCGAGAGAAGCUGGAGAAACUCGAGUCCGAGUGUCUCAAACUGAGCAGAACCCAGACUCUGGCAGAGAUGAAGCUUGCCAUCCUGGAGCAGAAACUACUGAAAGAAGAGCAUGAGCGUAAACUCGUGCAGGAGAAGGCGGAGGUGCUGCAAAGGGAGUUUGAUGUCAGCCUUCGACCAUCUCUGCCAACCACUGAAGAGCCAAAGCCAAAGAAGAAAACAAAAAAGGCCAUCAGGAAAAACUCAAAACCUACCGAGCUGCGAUCAAACCGCCCAGUGCACAAAAAAUUGCCCUUUGUUGCAGGAACAUCGACAAGCCCGAGCCAUUCGGUUCACGCCAACGUACAAAGCAUCCUUCACAUGAUGAAGCACCACCAGCCGCAGCUGUGUGAACGAGUGAGCGCGCUGCACAGGUCUGGUUGCGGUGCAAAGAAAAACCUCCAAAAGGACUUCGCUUCAUCUUCCUCUGAUUCAUCACAGAAACCUAACGGGCAGCCUGUCGAGCAGUCGCUCAGCUCGCUCUCCGACCUGCUCCUGGCUCUGCAGGACGAGCUGGGACAGAUGAGCUUUGAGCAUCAGGAGUUGGUGCGUCAGAUUGAUGAAGCUCAGCAUCCGGAGCAGAGGCAGGACCUGCAGAGCGAACUGGAGAGGCUGGUGACCAGGAUGGAGGAUAAAGGAUCUCAGAUCACCAAGCUCCGCAAACACCAGAAGAUGAUCCAUAAAUUGAACCAGUGUCAGUCAUCUCCUGAGGAGCGCACGUCCAAAAAGCUGAGUGGGAUCAAGCCACCUGCUCCUUCUCCUGUUAAGACUAAACAGAAGGGAAAGACGGAUUUGACAACUCAGAACAACCUGCAGCUUCUCAGAGAGACACAGAAGUUCAGGAACAGCCUCAAACAGGAUGACCUCUCCUGGGAGACGUGAUGUUCUCAAUGAGCCCUUCAGUGUGCAGGCCUUGAUACUACAGCUGGAUGAAGACUGCGGGCGGGCGCAUGCAUUUUUUGUUUUGUUUUUUUUCCUCCUCCCUGCUCUUCAAAUGACUUUGAACAUUAUUAGUAAGCAAAUAGAGUGAAUGCAGUGCUCUUUAAAUAAAGUAUUGCACAAAGUGUCCUUAUAUGGUGUAGUUUGUGAAACAUGAUCUUAACCUGAUUUUAAAAUGAUGCAAAUGAAGUAUGUGCCAUAAUGA